CUAAAACGGUAAGUUUGGCUCAUGAACUCCGUUUCCACGAUUUCCAUGUACCGUGCCCGACAAAUCUUUGGAUACUGACGGGAGCCAUGCGGCCCGCCAACCAGCCUCAGGGCUGUGCAAACGCGCCUUGCCAAUGACCAAGUGUUCCCGGGAAAGGCCAGUAGGCAACCCAUCGGAUGCCUAGUUCGUAGCAAACAAGUGGCCUAAAAUGGUUCAAUAUGUAUCAGACUUGCCGUUGAUAACGCAACUCUGGGGGUUUUGGGGGUUCUCAUUUGGCACAGGGAAAGGCUAUUUACAGGAGGAGGUGCAUAUCCGAAACGCUACUUGGCCAAUCCUAGGCAGACUUGGAGCGCUUCAGCGCGCAUAACCAGCAAAUAGUCAUGGCAAGGCUACAGGUUGAAAUGGUGGGGUUUUCUUUAAUACGUUUAUCCCUCCUGUACUGUUUUUCUUCUCAGAUUAUUUGGUGGGACCGCAGACGUUUUCACAGAGCAAGCUAAGAUGGCUCUCGACAGUUCCAGCAACUUUGCCCAACAAGGCUCGUUGGACUGGGUUGCACUCUCCACCAACUUUGUCUCCCUCAGCUAUGGCAUGAUUCAGCGCCUCUCCGGGUCGAAUUUGGACCUCCAUACUCUCAACACGGGCUGCACUCUCGGCGGAAAAUUUCAACUUUCCCGCAACGGGCAAAAGAACAUCAACAAUGCCUUAAAAGAUAUGAAGGCUUAUGCCGGCUUUCAAAAUAUCCUUUGGUUUGGCUUCGGCAUGAAGCAUCCUGCGAGGGUGAUAGCAAUGACGCAGCAGGGCAGUGCACUGGUGGCAUUGUGUGCUGCGUUAUCAGAAUGUUUCCCACAUGAAACUGCAGCGGAGAUCUUGAGCGACAUGGCUUCAUUAGAAGAUAACCUUGAUAUGACCCCUGCUUGCAGCGAAUGGCUAGCACUCAUCAAAAGCUGCGCCGGCAUACUAUCAACGACUGUGUUUCCCAUACGUGCAGAGACACUCAUGGGGCUAGAGACCGACAACAAACCCGCCGACACAACCGACAUUGCCAAAGUUUUAAAUGCAAUUGCAAAGGUCACAAAGCAUGAGUUGGUCUCCAUCACUAUACACGGAGGCAAGGAAGCUAGGUGGAUAGGAGCUUUGGCGGAAUGGCUUUUCGACCUUACAGUGACGAUCAUAAACGAGCAGGAUGAUAUCGUAUACACAAGCUGCCCAGACGGCCAAUUCUCCCAAGUCAACAUCUGUUCUGUUAUUAGGACCCAUGGUGGAGAAGACGCCAAUCCGACCAGAAGAACAGGAGAGAAACUGUUGGAAUUGGCAGAUAGGACGUUCUACAUCGAUACUGUGUCCGACUUUUGGGACGGGAGAGACCCUAUGUAUCCACAGAGUUGUAUUGGUGGCCGGAUGGAUACUCCAGCCAUGAAUGGCCGGGUGGCGUGGAACACCUGCUUGUCUGCAGUGUUUGGUGUCUUGUUUAAAGACCUCAUGAAGAGUGCUGACUGCGUUGGUAAAAUUAUCAGCAGCGUUGCAAGAGUGUAUGCAGGCAUUGCAGCAGCAGAAGAAGGCAUUCCGACAGUCGUUUUGGAAACCAACAUGUUGUACGUGGAGACUUCAUUUGGAACUGGCUUCGUUCAAAACUUACUCUACUGGUUCCCGGAACUCUCAGGAUUAGAGCCAUAUCUCGACCAGGAUUCCAGCAUGCAAACAUACAAGGAGGCGUUAAAAAAGUAUAGAAAAUCUUUAAACGCUCUUUGGAAGAUUUGUGGCUGCAUUAGGUGCGAUAAAACAAGACCUGUGGGAGGGAAAUCAGUGACAGUCAAUUGCCAAGUUGUUCUCAUAGAGCUAAUAAUUCGACUCGGGCGCCUCCUUUCCAUAACCGAAUGCGCUGGUCUCUGUCCGAAGUUUACUGGCCUGCGUAAACUGUAUAAUAUGCGUGCUGAGGAACAUCGUAGCGUCAACCCGGCGGACCCUGGAUACUACCUAGAUCCGCCUGGCCUACACAGAUACCGCUGUGGAGACUUCAAGCCCCCGCAACACGCACCGUUUGUUGCUAUGGAUAAUUUCCCUUCUCAUAUGGAGCACGCAUUAUGCCUUUUUACUGGUUAUACUUCCAAGGACGUCAACUCUACCGUUUUAUCCUCGCCAGCUAUUUCCGUCGAUGGAGUGUGCGUAUAUCUCCACGUUCUCCGUGAGAUUCCUGAUAGUUUGCCAGAUUUUGCUAUGUUGCAUGUUUGCCCAGGGCAGAUUUUGUACGAAGGGAAGAAGUUCACUCAAUUAACGGAUAGGCUCAUGCGUUCUAAGUCCGACGGAAGGAAGAAGGCCAAAGCAGAGGAGGCGCUGCUUAUGUGUGCCACGCCGGACAUCAUCAGUUCGGUGAAAUUGGCCGUAAGACAGACGGUUAAUCAGUUAUACCUUCAUUACGACCUGUUUUAUUGUGACGGGGAGUCAGCAGGAUUGCAGCUGCGGCCGUAUAGUUUGUGCGAAAGCAUGCUCCAUUCCUAUCGGCGGUUGCACUGCGGCCAUUCCAGAGCAUCGGAGACUGAUUGGGGAGAAGGCACUGGCUGGGUUAAUCCCUAUGCGGAUCCCAGCAAAUAUCCUAAUCCAGGAUUAUGGUUCAAAUGGGAUGACGAGAACCGCUACACAACCUGGAAUAUGGACCAGUCCAGCUUCUUUGGUCUAUGUGCUGUUGUUCAGAAUCAUCGCGAGCUUAUCGACCAUGGCCACUCCCUUCUUAUUGUACGGGAUGGGGAAUGUCUAUCGUGUUGUCAGCAAAUCAGAGGAAAGACCAAGGAAAGGUAUCAUGCAGAACACAUAGUUGUGGUUUCUAAGCAUGAUCCUCAUUGCUCUCCGUUGAAAACUGCAUGAUGAAUGUGGUGGUGUUUGGAAAAACUGCUUCGUGGUUGGAUAAUUGGAUAUGCGGUGCCUCUCACAACAAAGGUCCCCAAUAGUGGGAAAUUAAUGGAUUUGGAAUAACUUUUCAAUAUGACAUGGGCGAAAGGUGCGGAGGGACAGAUAUAAGAGGAUUGUUGUGGCUUAUAAUUUUGCAAAUCACAAUAGUUGACUAGGAUGAAAAAACAUCCCAGUCCGUCUCAGCAGUUACAUGCCGGACAUGCAAUUCAAUAGAUAUACUUGGGAG